AUGAAGAGGGUAUUCUCAUCUACUCAGGCAAAUCGCCUUUACACCAGGAUGGAGAAAAAUUUUCUUCGUGAGAGGAUUCAUACAUCUAGACGAGACUUAGCAAAGGUAGACAGGGAAUUGAUCGACCUAUUUUAUAUCCUUACCGCCAACAUGCAACCUGUAGACUGGGACAAGAUUGACGGAAUAACAUACCAAAAUAUGCAAAAUGAAUUGGAAAGAACAUCAGCUCGCCAGAAGAUCAAAUAUGAAAAACUGCAACCAAAAACCAAGCCGGAAUAUAGGAUAUCUCUUGAACCUGCUCGAACCGUGGUGAAUCUCACAGAUAAGACCCUUACGACAUCAGAAGUAACAUUAUUAGCGAAGGGAGGAAACUUUGCCAUAACACCGAAAGUGGUUCCAGUGGAAGACAUUAUUGCCGGAACAGAAGCUGCCAUACGUAACCUUCCUAACAGUAUCGCAGACGAAAUCCGAUUUGAAACGGUCAACAUAUUGAGAACUGCUAAGGCUCCAAAAAGUAAUCUGUCUAGGGAAGAACAUCAGGCUCUAAAAUCGCUGAAUGCUGACAAGGACAUUCUGGUCUUACCGGCAGACAAGGGGAAUGCUACGGUAGUAAUGAAGUCUGAGGAUUAUAGGUCCAAAAUCGAGGAUCUACUGGAGCCCCAGACUUAUAAGUUACUGAAGAAGGAUCCUACUGCCUUAAUUGUCAGAAACACCAACAGACUCAUCAAGGCCUCCUCACUCCCGGAACAUCUGAAAUCAAAAUUAAUUAACUCGGAAGCUCAACCACCACGCCUUUAUGGACUACCAAAAAUUCAUAAAGCUAGUGUCCCACUUAGACCGAUAGUGAGUGCUCCAGGAUCGCCUACUUACAACUUAGCUAAAUACUUGACUACGAUCCUACAACCGAAAGUCGGCAACACAAACUCUUAUGUGAAGGACUCAACGCAUUUCGUCCAAAAGCUAAAAGAUAUAAAACUGGAACCAUCUGACAUCAUGGUAAGCUUCGAUGUGGUAUCUCUAUUCACGAGAGUACCCCUAGGCGAGUCAAUGGAUCUAAUCAAGGAAUCAUUCCCACCUGACAUCGCGGAGCUCUUCCGAGUGUGUCUGACUGGUAGCUAUUUCUUAUGGAACGGCAAUUACUACGAACAAACAGAAGGUGUCGCAAUGGGUAGCCCAAUCAGCCCAAUAAUUGCUAAUUUCUUUAUGGAGAGAUUUGAAGAAAAAGCGCUAGAGUCAUCCGUUCUGAAGCCCGCUGUAUGGUUUCGUUAUGUGGACGAUACAUUUGUGGUUUGGAAACAUGGACGUGACAGCCUAGAUGACUUCCUUCAUCACCUUAAUUCGCAGAGCCCGAGCAUAAAAUUUACCAUGGAAACCGAAGUAAACAACCAACUGGCCUUCCUCGAUGUGCUUGUCAAGAGAAAUGGCGACCUUUUGGAUCACACCGUGUAUCGAAAACCCACUCAUACAGACCGGUACUUACACAAACUAUCAAAUCACCAUCCAAGCCAAAAACAGGGGAUUAUCGGAACAUUAGCAAAUAGGGCAAGACCCUUUCUUGCUAAUGGGUAUAAUGAGAAAGAAAUAAAGGCGGCGCUAGCACCUAGGCAGAGGAGACUUGACGUCAAUGAACAGAAUAACACCGUUAAUAAGGCCUUCCUUCCAUAUGUCUCCCAGGUUACCGAUAGGAUUGGAAAAGUUCUCAGGAAACACAACAUCAAAACAAUAUACAAACCUACCUGGAAAAUAAAGGGCUGCUUGAGACCAGCCAAAGAUAAAAGGGUACCAUUAUCCUCUGUAGGGAUCUACCGUAUACCUUGUUCCUGCGGUAGCGUAUACAUUGGAACUACCAAACGCUCAGUAGGAACGAGACUUACGGAACACAAGAGAAGCUGCAGGUUAGGGCAAACAGACAAGUCGGCCGUAGCAGAACAUGCUCUAAGAGAUGGUGACCACAAAAUCCAGUUCGAAGUCACCCAAGUCAUUGCCACAACAUCUGGAUAUCAUCCUCGUCUGGUCAGGGAAGCUGUUGAAAUUCACAAACAUCCAAAUAAUUUCAACAGGAAGGAAGAAACUCACUACCUAAACAGAAUUUGGCAUCCAGCUAUAUCUAGGACCAAGGUAGCAGUACAGAGAAGUAGACCAGUUCCGGAAGAACCACCACCGGAACAAGCCACGCCCCCUCCGCUUAUUGAAGGCGGCAUAAAAUACGCGCUACGCCGAAACUGCGGAGGUGCGGCAUCAGUCUAG